AUGUUUGCUGACGACACUACUAUGUCUGCAUGUGCUCACUAUUUGGACAUUUCUUCGAUGAAUGAUGGUUUAAAUCGUGACCUUCAUGCCUUUAAUGAAUGGUCGUUGCAAAAUAAAAUGUUCAUAAAUGCACGAAAAACAAACUCCAUGCUUGUGACUGGAAAAAGGAUACCAAAGAAGUUGGACUCACAGAAUCACUCAUGUCUGCAGCUCAAGAUAGAUGGCGUUGAUGUCAGCGAUGUUGCCUCGAAAAAACUUUUAGGAAUUACCUUUGAUUCUAAAAUGAGUUAUGAAACGCAUGUCGAGGAACUAGCAAAGAAGAUUUCAAAACGAUUAGGAUUGCUUACAGUAAACAUAUCAGUCCUUAUCUCAAGCAACAUCAACGAGAAACAUUUUAUACUUGCGUUAUCAAGCCCACUCUCGUGUACGCGGUAG